UUUUUUUUCCUUCUUAUUUUUUUUUUCUUUAAAUAUAUAAAACGUCUAUAUAAUGUAUUUAAACCGAAUUAUAUCAAGUUUGCAAUGUAUUCGCUUAUUGAUAUUGGUAACAGCAGUCAUGAUUGUCUUUGGUUCACUUAGCUUUUAUAGUUCGAAUUCUAUUUCUCUACCUAUGGCAGCCAUAGAGAAUAAGAUGGAGGACGUUCAUACAUGGAUGAUUCAGACAAUAUCAGAUCGUCGACUUAUCUCAACCCUUGUCGCUUCACAGGCGUCUAUAUUUUAUCCAUUCUUUAUUUUAUUCAAUCCUAUUCAAAAGAUAUCUUUCAUUGAAUUAGUUUGCCAGCUUUUAAUGUCCUGUGGUUUGAGCUUUAGUUGGUUAUUUUCAAUCUUAUUUGAUUUAAAAUCAACUGAUUUAGUCUUGGAUAACCUAUGUUUAUCACAAGCAAAUUGUGAAUUAUUCAUCUUUGUCUAUGGGCUUAAGUUUGUGAUUGUAGGACUAUUGAUCAUCGAAACAAGUUUAGUUCUGGCUCAGUUACUGUUAACAAUGACAACUGAUAACAGUAGGAUUCAAUUACCGUUAGAUAGUGAUAAUAAUGAAAAAUAGCAUAAUAAUUAUAAUAAAAAAAAGAAAUUUAUC